AUGAAGGAGCCAGCCAAGACCCUGAAGUUUAAGGAGGUGUUGCUGGCGACGAGGAUCAAGAUUAUUCAUGCCAUAGUGAACCGCGAGGGAUUUGAGUACCCACGGGAGACGCACACAUCGUGCGGGGGGACCGUGGGGGCUAUUUUCACGUGCCCCCUGGAAGUCAUCAAGACGCGGCUGCAGUCUUCCAAGCUGGCCUUCCGGGCUGUCUACUAUCCCCAAGUCCAACUGGGCACCCUCAGCGGCGCAGGGGUGGUCCGGCCGACCUCGGUAUCGCCCGGACUUCUGCAGGUUCUCAAGUCCAUUUUGGAAAAAGAAGGGCCCAGGUCACUUUUCCGAGGGCUAGGACCAAACUUGGUCGGGGUUGCGCCCUCGAGGGCGGUCUACUUUGCAUGUUACUCCAAAGCCAAGGAGCUGUUCAACAACGUGUUCGUGCCGAACAGCAACGUCGUCCAUGUCUGCGCAGCUGGUUCUGCAGGGCUAUCUGAUUCAGCUAUAUACAUGCAGGCUCAUCUGGUAUCUGAACAUAGAAGUGUAGUGAGAGGUUCGAAGCAGAGGAACACACUACAGUGCGCCAGCUACGUCUACCAAACGGAAGGGAUCCGGGGCUUCUACCGGGGACUCACGGCUUCUUACGCCGGCAUCUCGGAGACCAUAAUCUGCUUUGCGAUUUACGAGAAGCUGAAGAAGCACGUGAACAACAUCCGGCUGUCCCCUUCCCCCUCCGGCGGGUCGGAGCGGAAGUCCACCAACUUUUUUGGACUAAUGGCGGCAGCUGCCAUCUCCAAGGGGUGUGCAUCCUGCAUCGCUUACCCACAUGAGGUUAUACGAACGAGACUUCGGGAGGAAGGCACCAAAUACAAGACAUUUGUUCAGACGGCACGAUUGGUCGCCCGGGAGGAGGGCUACCUAGCCUUCUACAGAGGACUCUUUGCUCAGCUCAUGAGGCAGAUCCCCAACACGGCUAUCGUCUUGUCGACUUACGAGUUGAUAGUGUACCUCUUAGAAGACCGCUUUAAAUAGCAGACCAGAACACCAUGAAUUGCUUCAAUGGACUCUAUGGGCCAGUUUUCUCCCUGAAACAAA